AUGUUCCCGACACCAUAUGUCAAUUGCGACUACAAUAAGGUCUACGAACCAUCAGAAGACAGCUUUCUUCUUUUAGAUGUAUUAGAAAGCGAGCAGGAUGCGCUUCGGACAAUGUUUCGGAACAAGCUUGGUGUUGUAUGUGAGAUUGGAUGUGGAUCCGGAAUCGUGACAACGUUCAUGAUGCAGAACAAAAUUCCAAGUACAGACGCAGUAUAUAUACCGGUGGACAUAAGCCCGUGGGCUCUGGAGGCGACAAUGGAUACUGCUAAACGGAAUGGGUGUAGCGCACAGUAUCUGACACCUGUGCGAGCCAAUUUGACCGCAGGACUGAAAAAAAAUGAAGUAGACGUUCUCGUGUUUAACCCCCCUUAUGUUCCUAAUGAAACAAUACCGGAGAUGCCAUUGGAUGACAAGAAUGAGGACGACUGGCUUGAUCUCGCGCUUUUGGGCGGAAACGAUGGGAUGGUUGUGACGAGGAAACUGUUGGAUGGACUUCAAGACAUUCUUUCAUCGCAUGGAGUCGCAUAUGUCCUGUUCUGUGCGCGAAACUGGCCCGAAAAGGUGCAAGAGUAUAUGCAAAUUAAAGGUUGGAAUGCACAAUUGAUCGAGAAAAGGAAGGCCGGUUGGGAAGUGUUGAGCGUUUACAAAUUCUGGAGAUAG